AUGCCCGUUGCCCAGUAUGUCGAGAGACCGGCCAGUGGGUCCAAGUCUCAGUUCGAGCCGGGCCACAAAAUUCCCAUUCAGCACCUGACCAAACCGGGUCUGCAGUCGGACAUGGAAGAUCCCAAGCCCGUGUCCGCUCAUAUCCCAACCGAAGAUGGCGGCUACCAGAUCUAUAAAGCUGCAGGAAAGCUCGAGGGGAAGAAGGCCAUCAUCACUGGUGGUGACUCGGGAAUUGGCAGAGCCAUUGCAAUCCUGUUUGCCAUGGAGGGUGCGUCAAGUGUGAUCGUAUACCUCCCCGAAGAGGAAUCCGAUGCCCAAGAAACCAGGAAAAGAGUGGAGGAGCAUGGACAGCAAUGUCAUACUCUUGCCAUCGACCUUCGCAAGAAGGAAAAUUGCCAGAAGAUCAUCGACGUCUCCUUGCAAAAGAUGGGCGGCAUCGAUAUUCUCGUGAAUAACGCGGCGUACCAAGACAUGCUGAGCGACAUCAGUGAGAUCGAUGAAUCCCAGUGGGAACGGACAUUCGAUACCAACAUUCACUCUUUCUUCUAUUUGUCCAAGUAUUCACUGCCUCAUAUGAAGAAAGGCUCCACCAUCAUCAAUUGCGCAUCGGUCAAUCCUUAUAUUGGCCGAGGUGACUUGUUGGAUUACACUGCAACCAAAGGCGCGAUUGUCGCAUUCACGCGUGCCCUGUCAAAUCAACAAGUCAAGAAGGGCAUCCGAGUGAAUUGUGUCUGCCCCGGUCCAAUCUGGACACCACUGAUUCCAGCGACAAUGCAAAGCGCUGCCAUGGAACAGUUCCAUGCCGUGCCAAUUGGUCGACCAGGCCAGCCAAGUGAGGUGGCAACGUGUUUUGUGUUCCUGGCCAGCCAGGAUAGCAGCUACAUUUCCGGACAAUGUCUGCACCCCAACGGAGGAAUCAUGGUCAAUGGUUAA